CUCUUACCUUUUUCCUCUUCGGAUUUCAUGGUCAAUACCAGACGUCAUAGUAUUAUAAAAUUCAAUAAAACUGCACGUUAUAAGUGUUUUACUUCGUCUAUGAUUGUAUUAUUUAUUUUUUAAUUGAAGAUCUUCCAAAAUAGUUGCGUUCUCUAAAUUAAAUCUUUGAGAAAUGCAAUUUAUGCAUUCGAAAUUGAUAAUUCAUCUUCAAAGUUUCUGCUGUGCGUUUUGAGAUAAGGCUAAUUUUGUGGUACACGUAUGAAUCUCUUUUUAGAUCCUAUACCACCCUGGAAUUUCGAUUUCAAUUGAAUUUCAGGUAUACCAUUUGGUUAUCUUGCUAUAUUCGACACAUUUCUCAAGGUUUUAACGAAGCAGUAAGAGAAGAGCUAUCCACGCUCAUCGGGAAUCGACGUGCUGAGAGCUUAGAAGAUCUCUGUAUAACCUAGUUCAGCAUCACUAGCUCCACGUAUUGAUUUUGCUGUAGGCAAACCUGAGGAACAGUUGCACUUGCAGUUGUCUUGUUGACCAGUCCAUCCAUCCAUUCCUUUCUCUUUUUCAUCAUAAACAAUUUCUCAAGAUGGUUUUGAUGACGAUGAUAGCCCGUGUCGCUGACGGGCUGCCCUUAGCAGCCUCGAUGCAGGAGGAUGAACAAGCAGGCCGGAGUUUGCAGGAGUACCAAACCCAAGCCAAGAUGCUUUUCAGAAAUCUCAAGCUCAAUGAGUCAUCCCCAACAAGGUUUACCAUUGAAUCAGGACCCAUGUUCUUCCACUAUUUGAUCCAGACUGGGAUCUGCUACUUGACUCUCUGUGAGAAAUCUUUCUCCAAGAAGCUUGCAUUCAACUAUUUAGAAGAGCUUCAUCAGGAGUUUUAUUCACAGCACGGCAAGAGAGUAGCCACAAUUACCAGACCUUACUCAUUCAUUGAAUUUGACACGUUUAUACAGAAGACAAAGAAGUCAUACACGGAUACACGGACUAGACGGAACCUUGCAAAUAUCAACACAGAACUACAAGAUGUACAGAAGAUCAUGGUACAGAAUAUUGAUGAUGUCAUGAAGAGGGGCGUUGGUCUCGAAGAGCUGGACAACAAGGCUAGCAAUCUUUCUACGAUAUCCAAGAAAUACAGACAAGAUGCCAAAGCACUCAACCUCAGAUCAAGGAAUGCCAAAAUAGCUGCCAUCUUAGUCAUCAUAUUCCUUGUUUCCCUUGCACUAUACUUCUGGUGGUGAUUUUGAUUACUUUUUAUUUCACAUGUAUGGACAAUAAUCAUCUUAAAACUCACUGUAAAUUGGAACAUUCCUGUAAAUAGUAUAAAUAAAUUAUAUUAAUAUCCUCGCUAUACCGUACUUCUAAUUUACAUGUAGAUUAAGAAAUUGUUAAGAAUGGAACGUGAUCUUUUCUUACACCGUUUUCAGUUUCACGAAGUAGCCCUUUUUUCUCAAUUUAAUGUGAGAACUAAAGUUCUGCAUUUGUGUGUUUAUUGUUAUUAUUAUUGACUGGAAUGAUGGCUUUGUGUUGAGUGCCCGCCUCAUGAAGGAGAUGAUGUGGGUUCAAUUGCCAGCCGAGUCAUCUAGACGGUGAUCAGUAGUUAGAUUGGAGAAGGAAAGACCUGGUCAAUGAAACAUUUAUUUUUAUUAACUACUUUAGCCCUUUUCAAUAUGCAUCAUACACUUUACAGUAUACAUCGUCUUGACUUAUUUUAUAUUUUACAAAGUAUCAAUUUUCGUCCUUACUUUUUACAAUAAAGUUGCAAAGUAUAAGAUUAUGCAUGAAAAUUUAUAAAUACAAACAUAUAUUUAAUAUCUUUAAUACAACCCUAAUACAUAUAACAGUGAAGGGUAUACAUGUAAUGAGAACAAAGGGUAUCAGUUUUUUUUAUUGAAUAAUCUUAUUAUAAUCUUGCAAGCAAAAGGGCAACUUUGUGAAAAUGUUAACCUUUAUUAAUAAGAUGUUUAUUAUGAAGUUGGAAAGUAUGGGUUGGAUAAUAACAUGUGGUAUGCAUGUAAAAUGGCAUAUAAAACCAUGUAUUCGUAUCAAUUCAAUCAAAUUUAAUUUAGUUUAUUUUUGUUAUAACACUAUUCUUCUUGAUUUGAUUUUAAUUGAUUUCAUUUUAUUUGGGACACAUUUCAGUAACAAAAGUAUACAAGUGUAAUAGUUUAUCAACUUAACAUAUUGUAUCACAAGAGAUAUGGGCCCCGUCUUACAAAUAGUUUCGAUUGAUCCAAUCAACCUCAUUCAGCUAUAUGGAAAUCCAUCAAUGUCAUAAUUUCUACUACAGGAAAUUUGCACAAUAUCCUUUGUAAAUAGAAAGAAGCACACUGAAUUUUCAAGAAAACAAUGAAUGUAUAAAUCUACAUCAUAUCUGGAAAAUAUUUUGAACAAAUAUGCAUUUUAGAGGUUGAUGUUGCUGGCUUUCCAUAGUUGUGGUUGAUCGGAUCAGUCGCAACUCUUUGUAAGACGGGGCCCUGAUCUUCAUGGGUAGGUCAAUUUCAAUGCAAAAUCGAAUGCUGUUUGUUGUUACUGAAUUAUGUGCAAGGGAAAAGCAAGCUAAGGAUUUUUUGUUGUGGCAUGUGCCUGUAACCUUUGCCACAAAAAUGCUGUGGAAAUUACAAACUGAGUCAGAAUUCCAUGAUAUGAGCCUAGUCCUGGGGCUCAUCUUUCUGAAUGUGACGUUAAAGGUCGGUCCCCAGACGGAUAAAUGGAGCAUUGUGGCCCAGUGGAUUACUAUCAGGACUGUAAAAGAGAGAGUAGGGAGUUCAAAUCCCACCCAUGGCGUUAUUUUCUUCGGAAAGAAAUUGAUCCACAUUGUUGCACGAAACCCAGGUGAGGUGCAUGUAAAUGGGUACCUGGCAGGAAUUCAUUCAUUGAAACACUGAGCGUGUAACAGUAGCUCUGCUAAAGCCAGGGUAAUUAUGCUACAUUUUUUGCAGAGAAACUUAACUCUUAUAAAGAAGUAUUACGCACUAUAUAAGUAAGCAUGAUUAAUUAUUGAAUUAUUAUUUCAUUGCUCUGAGCGCUGCUGAAUAAAUGGUAGCUUGGGCUAAAGCCGGGGUAAUAAUACUUCCUCUUUGUAUCCUAGGGCAAAACACUUAAAAAAUAAAGAGUGUCAAUGGAAACUAAAAACAAACAGGGGGAAGCAUUAAUAGGGCUCAAUGCAUACAUUAUUGUGAUGUCACAAUUCUUCUUAUCAAUCUCUUUUUAAUUUUCAAGUAAUUUCAUUUGAACCUCAUUGCUUGUUUUUACGAUACAUGAAAUGCCUUUUUAGUUUAUGCUGGGCAAUGUUUGUGCCCUUAUGAAAUUAGCAUCUCAAGUAUAUUAUCGCACUGUGCUUGUAUGAUUGCAUUUAUUGCUGAUUUACUUGCAGCAACAUUUCUGAGUAUAAAUCUGAUAUAUUGCUCAAAGGGCAAUUUUGAUGUAAUUAUUACAUCUCAUUUGCAGAUACUUGUAUUUGAUUUAAAUUUUGAAGGUACUCUUGAAAUAUCUAAUAGAUUUAUUUUUCUGAUCCAUGUUAUUGAAAGUAAUUUGGUAAAUUGUUAGCCUUCGUAAUCUUAUUGAAUUUUCAUUAGUUUAAAACUGAACAGAAUUAUGGGAUAUUAAGUUUGAAUGGUUAUAGGUCACAAGGGGUAUGUAUAGAUUGAUGUAGCAAUAAUAAGGUUGCUUUGCUCACCUGUAUGAAAAUGUAUUUUUGGUAAGAUUUAACUUACAAUCUAAGAAAUACCAUUCGGAAGGGAGAAAUGACUGUUGCUGCAGGAUAUAGUUGCAAAAAAAAAUCAGAAAAUUGAUAUUAGAUGCAGAAAGGUUAUAUCUUGCCAAUAUAUUUUGGCAAGCCUUAAUUCUUUUGUACCACUUCCAGGAUAUAAAUUAGUUCAUUUUGCUGCUGCAAGUUAACAAUAAAGAAUGUAAAAGUUUAGGCAAUAUGCCUUACUUUGGAUACUUGUAUUUAAAUAAAUUGCAACAGCUUGUAAAUUCAAGCCAAUUGAAUAUAAAUGAAAAA